AUGAAAUUCGCAUCUGCAUUUGUUUUUGCCGCAGCUUUAGUGCAAUUUGCGGCUGCUUACCCUUACUACAGUGACUGCGGAUGCAACCAAGCUGUCCAAACCGCUGUCGUCACCCCCGUAGUUCACCAACAAUUGGUCGCUCAACCCCAAGUCUUCGUCGAACACGUUCAACCCAGCUGCCACAAACAAGUUGUUGUUCAACCUCAACCCCAACCAAUCAUCAUCGAACGUGCUCAACAAUGCUGCCCUAAACCCCAACCUCAACCCAUCGUUGUCGAACAACAAGUGCAACCCGUCCAAGUCCAAGUUGAACCCGUCGUGCAAGUUGUUCCAUCUCCUGAUGUCCACGUCCACGACAAAGCCAACUACAACCCCACAUCUCACUCCACCUCUUACACCGUCUUCAACUUGGCUGUUCCUCAACCCCAAACUGUUGUUGAAACCGUCGUUGUCGAACCUGAACCCGUCUGCGAAACUGUAGUGGUCGAACGUCAACCCCAACCUGUGUUCAUCCAACAAGCUGCUCCAUGCUGCUGCGAAACUCAAUACGUCUACCAACCUGCCCCUGUUGUUCAACAACCAGUUUGCCAUCAAGUACAAGAAGUUGUCUACCAACAAGUUGCUUACCAACCAGCUCCAGUUGUACAAAAAGAAGUUGUCUACCAACAAGUUGCCGCUCCUGUUGUCUACCAACCUGCUCCAGUUGUACAACAAGUUGCUACCCCCGUCGUCCAGGUAGCUGCCCCUGUAGCUGUUCAAGCUGCCCCCGUCGUUCAACAAGUCGCUGCUCCACGAUGCGGAUGCCAUUAA